AUGGUUCUGAAUAAGCGCGUUUUUACAUCACGAAAGUAUCUCCGACUUAUCCUCCUCGCCACGUUCGUUUUGACCUUCUUUUUUGGCUUCCUGGCGGACGUCUUUCAGCGAGCGGCCGACGAUUGGGCCACGCGGGCGUGGCCGGGCCAACCCCAUUCCUCGCCAAUACCGAAAACUUUGUGGUACAAGCUAGGACCAAAAGGCCUAACGGCUGAGGCGCGGGCAUGGACCAACACCUGCAUUGGAAACAACACAGACUACCAAGUCAGAUUCAUGACCGACUCUUCAGCCGACAUGCUCAUCCAGGAAAAAUUUGGCGCAACACAUCCCGAUCUUGUUGAGAUUUACCUCGGCCUCAACGUUCCUAUCCUCAAAGCCGACCUUUUCCGCUACCUCGUCCUUUUUUCCGAGGGAGGCGUCUAUUCUGACCUUGACGUCUCUUGCGAAGUGCCCAUCAGCGAGUGGAUUCCGCUACGGUACAAAGCCGAGGCUAGCGUUGUUGUAGGUUGGGAGUUCGAUGUUGGCUGGACCCUGCCGUUCAAUCACCAAUUUGCGACAUGGAUCAUCAUGGCCAAACCCAGGUCAUCCCAUAUUUGGGCGGUGGUUCAAGAUAUCGUUCAGUCCCUUCAGGCUAAGAUGGAGGAGAAGAAUAUCUCUGUGGAGGAGUUGAAUCUUCAGACAUUUGAUGAUGUCAUUAACCUUACCGGUCCAAGGCGGUUCACGAAAAGCCUUCUGAAGAGCAUGGGCAAAGCGAAGGCCAAGCAGGUGCAGGGGAUUCUCGAGCCGAAACUGGCUGGGGAUGUGUUGAUUCUGCCCGGAUACGCCUUCGCGGCGUCAACUAAUUUUUACGAUGAAGAUAUAGAGUUACCUCCGCCGCUAGUCACGCACCACUAUGCUGGUAGUUGGAGAAACCGUCAGGGUGGCGAGGUGGCGUGA